AUGCAAGGAAAUGAGCCGGGAGCUGCUAAGGAAGAAGAGGAGUAUGCUCGACAAAUGGAAGAGGAGAUGAGAAGAAAAGCGGAAGCAGCCAGAGCAGAAGCGGAAGCGGAGCGGAAGGCAGCCGAACAGCGGCAAGCGCAGCUGAAAGCACAACAAGAAGCAGCAUUGAAAGCUGCGGAGGAACAAGCGAAGAAGGCUCAAGAGGAAGCACUUCGAAAGGCUCAGCAAGCCAAAGCUGAAGCCGAGGCGAAGGCUAAGAAGGAAGCGGAAGAGAAGGCUAAGGCAGCAGCACAAGCAAAAACCAGCGAAAGCACCUCAGAACGUACUCCUGGAAAAGUGGCUGCCGAAAUGCCGCAAUUCAAGCAGUACGAGCCUCGACACAUUGAACUUCCCAAGGACUCCACCCUCAAGCACAGACGGCAAAGGUUCUGCAUGCUUAUGGUUAUUUGA